GCGCACUUCGCGACCACGAUCAUUAUGUUGUCGCUUAUCACUUCACUCACUAUCCUUGCAGUAUCGUUGACAACGGAUGCCCAGCUUUCUCAGCAACAUUUCCUGACGGAUAAGCGGAUAUUAACCCCCCAAAUUGAUCAAUUCAUCGAAGGAACCCUCUCUUCGUGGAACUCUCCGGGAGGUGUGAGCGUGGCAGUGGUUCAGCUCGAUAAACUGGACGGGCUAUGGACAGUGGAGACGAAGGGAUAUGGAAUUGCGAAUCUAGCGGAAAACAAACCCGUGACGGAGGAUUCGCUGUUCUGCAUUGCCUCAAAUUCCAAACUAUUUACGACGUUAGCUACCGGCAUAUUGAUCUCCAAUAAGACCAUUUCAACACCGAUAACAUGGGACACAAAAAUCAAGUCGAUUCUACCUGAUCUUUGGGAGUUACAGGAUCGUGUUGCUACAUCAGAAAGCACCAUUACCGACGCAAUGAGUCACCGAACUGGUCUCCCUCGACAUGACCUGAUGUACACCCGAAAUGACACCACCAUAUCUAUUCUCGAACGACUGCGUCACCUCAAACCCUCGUCGGGUUUUCGCGAAACCUGGCAAUAUAACAACAAUAUGUACACGCUCUUGUCAUAUAUUCCUACCGCGUUGAUACCUUCCCACCCGCCCUUUGCGCGUUAUGUCCAAGAUCACAUAUUCAGCCCGCUCGGCCUCGAUUCCACCACAUAUUCACCUCGCGUAGCAAAAGAGAGUGGUAAUCUUGCCGAUCCCAUGGCAAGAGAGGGCGUUAAUAAGACCGAAGAUAUCUUUGGUAAAGGAAAGCCUCGGGCUAUGAGGUUUCCUGGAUGGUUUUUGAAUGAAGAAAAAGAUGGGAGUUUCAAAUCUGGUGCUGGAGGCGUCAUCAUGAACGCUAAAGAUGCGGCGACAUGGUUGCAGGUCUUACUACUUGAAGGCGAAAAUCCCAAAACCAGUGAGCAAGUCAUCCCGAGCGACGUGAUCCGCAAAGUUGCUUCCGGUAUCAUGGUUCAGAACGGAGAACCGACCUUUACUGAGCUCUCUCCAGUUGUCUACGGUGGAGGACAGUCGAGGGGCGUAUACCGAGGACAUAAUUACAUUGAGCACGGCGGAGCCACUACAGGUUACAGAACGCAGAUCACUCGCUUUCCAGACUUGAAGCUCGGUAUUGCGGUAUUCUCUAACGACGAUGAUCACGGGUCGGCAUUCAUAGAAGUCAUCAAGUAUCGCAUAAUCGAUGCUGCCCUCAGCUUGCCUGCUCUCGACUGGGAUACUAGGUUCAAAAGUAGGAUUCGCAAGUCAUACGAGAAGUACUCCUCUCAAAAGGUAGCCCGUCCCUCGAAUCCUACUCCGCCUCCAGCUCCUUUUCAAAGUCUGGCCGGGACUUACGAAAACCGGGGAUAUGGUGUUAUCGAGUUAUGUCUGCUCGGCGCUCCAACUCACUCUACAUCCUGCCAGGAUAUUGUGGAUGAGCUGCCGACAGUACUACCGGGUGCUGUGGAUCGAACUAUACCUACUCUUAUUGCCAGAUGGGACAGAUUUUGGUCUACGCAUAUCAAGUUGGAGCAUUUUGAUGGACCUUUUUUCAAUCUGUCUAUCCUUGAAAGUCGACCAACGGAUAACAAAAUGGAUCCUUAUUGGAUAGGAGAGCCAUGGGCGGAUUCUAUUUACACUGUUGAGAUUGUCGCUACGCAUGAUCACGCUCGUGGAUUUGGUUUCUUUGGUGGCUUUUGGGGAGCUGGUACCGGAGUUAAAGCUUCCGUGGAAGGUAGCUUGCGGGAGACAGCGGAGGUGUUCUUUGACAAAGUAUGAAUGAAAUUUGUGCAGCGCGAUUGACGCAACCUCAUAACUACUUCAUAAGUCGUGUGGUCUGAAUGUUAUGCCCAG